UUUUUUUUUCUUUAUCUUGUAUCAUAAAGUCAUUUUUUUGUUUUUUAUAUGAAUAAAGCAAGUAGAAGAUUAAAAGAGUACAUGAAACUAAUUUGAGCAAUUUUUAUUUAAUCAAUCAAAACAUGGAAGUUCAUAGUCCUGUAACGUACCACCGUUCAAGCAUAAAGUCAGAAAGACCUGUGUAUUAUGGAAAACAAACAAGUAAUGACAUUGGAGGCCCAGUUAUCCUACAUCCACUUAUAAUUGGAAAAGACAUAGUUGUAUGUAUGCCAGAGGUGAACAGAGUGCUACGGAAUGUGUAUCAGGUAUUAUCGCAGGCUAAUUAUUACUUGUCUAAGAACGGAAUAAGUUCCAGGCGUUACACAGGUGCACAGUUAAUACGAAUUAAGAUGUUGGGUAUACUGGGACAUGAAGCAAAAGUUUGUUCAUACAUAUUACAGAAAGAUGCAGAAUAUAUAUUUGAUAGCUUUGAUGUAAGUGGAGACAGCAGAAAAAGUGCAUCUAUUGAAUGGAUGGAUCCGGUUUUACUUGAUGAAAAGCCUAUUCCAGAUUUGCCAAAAAAAGCAAUUGCAAAUAAGCCAACAAUACCAGACGGUCCAGUUAAAGUGCAUUUGUUUAGGAUUGGUGGAGACAUAGUUGUUUGUGCACCAGAUGUUCAAAAAGUUGUUCAAUCUCAUUUCCACCAAGGUGCCACUGUAGGUUACUACUUCACUAAGCUUGGAAUUGUGCCGUACAAGUUUAUUCACACUUCACACUUAGAUAAAAUAAAACAGCUAGGUAUUAUAAAAAAAUCAGCUGUACAUUGUACUUACGUGUUAAAAACUGAUGCAAUGCGAGUUUUUGAUGCUUAUGGUAUGAGCCAAGAUGUUAUUAAAGAAAAGGUUAUUUUUUUGGAGGAAAUUCAGCUCAACGAACAACCCAGUCACUCGUGGAAACCAGUCUCAAUAAAUAUGAAAAGUGAAGAUUCUCCAAGCAUGAUAAACAGUCCCAAACAGGAAUGUUUUUCUCCUGCCAGCGUUUCUGACAAAUCAAAUCAGAGCAUACCUGCUAGUGAGGAUGAUGAUGAAGAGAGAAAAGCUAGCUUGGAUAUUCAAGAUAUGACUGUUCAUGUUUUUAUUGUCGACAAACAUGAAGUUGUUUGUAUGCCGGAUAUUCAUAAGAUUGUCCAGAGUAUACAUGGAAAUUCCAUUCAGGUCAAUUACUAUUUCAAUAAAUUAAGAGUGCAAAAAAAGAGAUUUUGUUUCGCACACUUGCGGGAACUAAAAAGUCGUAAUGUUUUGCAAAAUAAUGCCACCUAUUGUACAUAUGUUCCGAGAGCUGAUGCAGAGAAACUCUUUCAAAUCUAUUGUUUGGUAGAUGAUCCAAAGCUGCAACAAAUUUCUUGGACUGAACCAAUCAACUUAGAUUGUAAACCUGUUAUUUCAGAAUCAGCAUGUAAUGGAGAUGAAAAUAGAACGGAAGAAGAAGUUGUCAUCCAUACGUUUAGCCUGGAUGAGAAAGUUGUAAUUACUGUUCCAGAUGUUCAUAAAAUUGUUGACUUCUUGGAAGAACAGAGCGCCUCACUCGAUUAUCAUUUUAGAAAGUUAGGAAUUAUGAAACACCGAUUCACCUACUCCCAACUGCACCAGCUGAGACGUUUGGAUGUGAUCAAAAGGCCUACAGUUUGUACGUAUGUCACGCGUGAGGAUGUCGACAAACUAAUCAGUAUGUACGAGACCGAAAGAAAUAAACACAAAAUUCUACGUGUGAAAUACCUAGUCCCAAUAACUUUGGUUCCAGGAAGUGUUCAGGGUAAGCCUAGUAAAGCAGAAAAAUCACCAAUCUCGCAGAGCAAUUCAUUCAAUGAUGAAACAGUUCAAAGCCCUACGUCAUUUGUUCAUCCAUCUGCAAUUCGUGAGCCAAGUCCUACACAAUUCUCUCAUUCUUCCUCAAUAAGCGAAUCGAACUCCACGAUCGUGUCACGGCAAAGUCCAAUGAUGAGUCCAACGUCUGCUGCAAUUUCGCACAUACAAAACACUCAUCCGUCAAUUGAUUGUCCAAUUGUCAUUCCGAGCAGCGAUUAUGAUACUUCUAGGGCAUCAGAAUAUCGUGAUAGAGGUCUGCUGAAUGGCAAAAGAAGUCAUUGCAAUGAUGGUCAUGAUUCAUCAAAGCGUAUGCGGUACGAUUCCGAUUACACUACCCUGGUGAACGACCUAAACCGAAAAGAAGAUGAACUUAGACUGCUUCAUGAUGCUUACCAAAGGGAUAUCGUUAACGAACGCGAGAAAAGAGUUUUCGUCGAAAUGAAAUAUGAAAGCACUAAAGAUAACCAUGCCAAAGAAGUAAACAAAUUGAAAGCAGCUUUAGAAUCGCGAGAUUAUGAACUACAACAGCUCAAAGUGGAGCUUGAGAAUGAAAAAAAGACUAGGGAGCGUCUUGAAAAAGAACUCGAAGAUUCAAAAAAUUUGAAAAAAGAGUAAUGUUCAAAUAAUUUUUACUGUUAAUGAUUUUUCUACUUCUUUUAAAACCUUCUAUGUAUAUAUUUUCCACGUUCAGUAUUUUAAUGGUUCAUUGACGAGUAUUUUUUAAUGAAAAAAAAAACAUGCAUUUAUCACAUUUUAUUUAUUGAAUUCAGAGUUUUUUAGUUCGUGCUUUGUGGUAGAAUCACCAAACAAGUUUUUUCAAACAGAUAUUUAUUUUUGCGAGCAUUAGAUAUCGCGAAUUUUAGAUUUUUGGGAUAAUCAAAUUCGUAAAAUGAUUGAGGAAAAGCCCGUUUCUCUAGUCUUCGUUUUUCAAUCCCUUGAUCAUUCGCGAAAAUUUAUAUUCGCGAAAUGCUCUACACUAGUCGAUUCGAGAAAAUUAAUCUCCCUAAGACUUAACAAAAACAAACUAUAAUCAUUGGGGAAAAAUUAUCUAUUUUGGAGAAUUUCGUCAUUUUGUCUGAUAGAGAGUUGUCAAAAAAAGGUCUUACAAAAAAAAGGUUCCGGAAAAAUAAAGAUAUCAACACAAAGUUUUAUUAUAUGGUUUUACUGUGUAAAGUUUUCUUAUUUACGUUUGUGUUUAUACCAAGUUAACUUUCAUACCAGUUUAAUAUUUUGAUAUUGAAAAUAUAUGAUAAUAAAAUUCAUUGUUU